GGGCUCCGGCGCGGCGGGGCGCGGGCCGCGCGGCGCGGGCGCGGCUCAGUCCAGUCCCCGCGUCGGAUCCGCACGCAGCCCGCGAGUGUUUAUUUGACAGUGACAGUGAUUCGUGGCAAGCCUUUUGGAAACUACAUAUUACCAACCAUAGUAAGCCAGCAUUGGGUAGCGGAAAGUCGGGGAAGUUCUUGUGAUGUCCCGCUCAUAAGCGGCAAGAGUGAGCGAGAGGGAUGGCGUCGCGCGCGGGCACGCGCGGGUCGCGGGGGGAGGCGCAGCGCGCGCUCGAUGAGUUUGAUGAGCUGGCAGGGCUAAGGGGCGCGGGUGGGGCCUCCCAGGGGGGCGGGGGGGCCUACACCCUGGAGCACCUGGCCACCUUCACCGUCACGAGGGAGACGGGGAUAGUAUACCCUGCUGACGGAAUGAGACGGCUGCUACAGCUAGAGAAGACUAACGGAAUAUGGAGCCAAAAGAUGCAACUAUGUUUAGACGGGCAGUGGGUGCUGGUCAUGGACUACGAAACAGGGUCCGUGAUGGAGCGCUUCCCCGCGGCGUGGGUGCACUCCCCCACCGCCUUCACCUCCCCGGAGCCCGCGGAGCUCUACAACAACGUGCUGGCCUUCGUGGUGGGCCCCCCCUCCCCCGCCAACUCCCCCGCGCCCGGGGAGGCGCCCAGGAAGGAACUACACAUCUUCCAGUGCCACGACGUUGGGGCACAGGCGUUGGUUGAAGAGCUGAAUGCGCUCAAGGGUGGCGGAGGAGGUGCGGGGGACGCGGGGCGGGAGCGGGACUUCGUGAUCGAAAGAGAGAGGGAGAGGGACGACGUCGAGCGGCCUCGUCGGCAGCAAAUGUCAGCACAGCUCGGGCGCGAGCGCGAGCGCGACGACGCGUCCUCCACCGGCUCGGAGCGCCUCUAUGAGCAGGAUAUCGCCAUCCUCAACCGCUGCUUCGACGACAUCGAGAAGUUCAUCGCGCGCCUCCAGCACGCCGCCGCCGCCGGCAGAGAACUAGAGAGAAGGAGACGAGCGAGAGGGAAGAGACAGGCCGGCGCUGGCGACGGGAUGCUAGCGUUACGCACGCGGCCGCCACAUGAGAGGGAUUUCGUUGAUGUGCUGCAGAAAUUCAAGCUGUCUUUCAAUCUAUUAGCGCGUCUCCGUGCACACAUCCACGACCCGAACGCACCAGAGCUAGUUCACUUUCUGUUUACACCGUUGGCGUUGAUAGUGGACGCGGCACAAGACGCAGAGGGCGGGCCGGCGGGACCGUUACCGGCGAGAGUCGUGCAGCCGCUGCUGACGAGGGAUGCGCUGAACCUGCUGGCGAACUGUGUGACCAGUAAAGAGACGGAGCUCUGGCACUCGCUCGGUGACGCUUGGCUUAUACCUAGAGAGCAAUGGAAGACGAGCAUCCCGCCGUACCAGCCCGUGUUCAUGGACGGAUGGUCGCCAGACUACCAGGUGGAUGACCAGCCACUGCGCAGAUCAUCCCCCCGUCGCGUGUCGGCGGCGGGCGAGCCGCCAGCGGAGCCCUACUACGAGCGCGAGGAGCCUUCGCUGUAUGGGGAGCAGCAGUACCCGCCCUAUGAUAGGUCGCCGGCCCCGCGUGCGCAUGACUCCGGCUCCGCGGCGUCGUCGCCAGAACGGGAGCCCUAUCGACCUCCGGACGACGAGGAUGACCUGGGCGAGGCUUGGGCGCGCGGCGUGGCGGCGCGCGGCGGUCGUGUCGUGCGCGUCACGUACCCGCGCACCGCCAACAACGACAAGGAACUCAGUGUCGUCAGGGGAGAAUACCUGGAGGUGCUAGACGAUUCGCGCAAAUGGUGGCGCGCGCGCAACCGGCGCGGCGUGACCGCGCACGUGCCGCACACCAUCGUGGCGCCCGCCGCGGAGCCCGACCCCAACCUGUACCCCAACCCCAUCUACACGCACUAUCAGGAAAGCGGCGGUCUCGGGUCGGGCGGCAGCAGCCCGACCGGCGCGGGCGCGGGCGCGGGCGCGGCGGCGGGCGCGGGCGCGGGUAGGGCGCGCGAGGCGCGCGACGCCAACGCCGACUGGGUGCGCCGCGAGCGCCUCGGCAAGAAGGGCGAGUUCCGAUAUUUCUAUUUUUGGCUGGUCGCAGCGAGUACAGAAGUGUGUGUUGCAGACAAGGCGCCUCCUCCCCCGCCCCCGCCGCCGCCGCCGCCACCGCCACCGCCCGCGCCUGUCGCCACUGACACCAUUAAGUCCACGAAGUCGGCAGUGAGCACGGCGACCAGCGGUGGAGACUUCACAGACGAGCUGCGGGAAGUGUUGCCCCAGAUACAGCAGCGGAGGAAGCUCCUUGAGUUCAAGAAGACACCCGAAGUGUUCAUCCACCAGAAAUCCAACCCCGAAGAGGUGGCCGAAUGGCUAGAAGCGAAAGGCUUCUCGGCGACGGCGGUGCGCGCGCUGCGCGUGCCCGGGCACGCGCUGUUCAGCACGCCGCGCGCGCAGCUCGAGGAGCUGCUCGGGCUCGACGAGGGCAAGCGCCUCUACAGCCAGGUCCUAGUGCAGAGGAACGUGUCCGGGUACAAGACGACAUCAGCGUCAGAGCUGCAGAGCAUCUUACGCAAGGUCCGUGAGAAGGUGGAGGUCUCCUGAGACCCCUUAGCUCCGAUCACCAAACGUCUUGGCACCACUUCGAGAUCCCAUCCGUCUCAUAAGAUCCCUUCACCAUC